GAACCUUAGAAGAUGACCCAGCUAAUCAGAAAAAUUAUAUGAUGGCUACAGCAGUGCCGACAGUGCCGACAAUGCAGACAAAAUUUUCAAAUUCAAAUUUUUUUAAUUGGAUUAAGGCUGCAAUUGCCAUUUUAUACAUUAAAGAGGAAAUAGAGCCAGUUAUUGUUAAUGAAGUCAAAGAUUUCCAGCAAAACUCUCUAAAUACUAUUUCCUCGUCAAACAGCCUACCAGCCGGAAGCACCUGUUUAAACUGCUGUACGGAAAAUCUGAUUUUUUGUCCAACAAACAGCAUUUGCAACGUUAAACGUGGAACAUGCAGUUACCAUAAAAACGCUGCAACACAGUAUCGCCCAUCUGGCUGCCCGAAUAAAGUUUGUCAUCUUUUAAAAUCUGAGAUUCAAAGGGCACAUCGAUAUCAUGGUCCGUCAUAUAAAAAUACGGACGCAACAAAAUGGUGCAGCAAUGCCUGGGAAAUUGCCAAAUGUUAUCUCCCGCAUGACGGAUACCAGGAUGUAUCGAACGCUGGAGAUACUGAUUUUAAUGGCAUCAUUAGUGUCAUUAUUAAUCACAAAGGAUUUGAGACGAAAAUAAAAGACGACUUGUCCAAGAAGAAUAAUAUAUUUGACAAGGGUAGAGAUGUUGGUAAAGCUGUCAGACAUUCUCCUAAUCUGGAGGUCGAGGAUACAGAUCUAACACAGUAUUUUACCAUUUUAAACAAUAUUUUGACGGAUCCUGGAUUCAUAGCAAUGAAUAAAUCACCAAACAAUGCAAUUCAAAAAUUGGCAAAGCUUCAAAGUGACGAUUUGAUCAUUGGAAAAGACGUUGUACGUAAAGUUUUGGAAGAUGUGGGAAAAACGAUUCAGGAACAAAUAAGAAAUGAGAUGGAUGAGUACAAACAGGAGACUGAAAAAAGAAAAUUAGAGCUGAUUGACAUAAUUAACUUAAAAGUAAAAGAUAUUGAAGAUAAGGGAAAUGUUUCACUUGCCAAGCUGAAUGAUGCGAUAAACUCGUCCAUUGAUGCUUUUGAUGCUAAGGUAAAACAAUCGAUUCAGGAGAUAGAAAACUUGGCAAGAAAAGGAAAAGAAACCCUUGAAAGUGUUGCCAAUGAUGGAGUUCAAACUGUCAACAAAGAAAAGGAAAAUGCAAUAAAGGAGAUACAAAAAGCUGCAGAAAAAUCCAGAGGUAACGAUGCCCAUGCCGAGAUCUCCGAGGAAACAUAUCAAAAGAAGAAAAAAGGUAAAAAAAGCAAUCAUAACUUUAUCACCAUUAUUAAUAAUAUCACAAGCUCAACAUUAACAUAAAUGCUAAAAAUCAUGCUUAUCGUUCUUAGAAGAAACAUCAUAAAGGUAAAAACAUUUUGAAGAACACGCUUCGUAUUUCAUUAUGAGUAUAAGGUCUUGUAUAUAUUUUAUGCACAUGA